AUGAAAACAUUUUUGUUACUGCUUUUUGCAAUACUCCUGGUAAGUAACAAAGUUUCGAUUAUUCAAAACUGCACGUAUUAUUGUUGAACUUUCCAUCCACCAGAUGAUAAUGGCGGGAACGAAAAGAACAUUCGCGAGGGAGCAAAAAAGUGUCCUGGCAAAAUUUUCGAACGUCCUAUCGAGCGGUUCGAACAGCCGUACUGACAGGGAGAAAAAGAUAAAUAAGGGAUUCGAAUGGAUAAUCCAAGUCACCGGGAAAUUAGUCAAAAUUCCGGUCCCCACUAGGAAACGAGAAGGCCCGCAACAAACCGGCGGCAGAAAUCCACUAACCACUGGCGAAGAACCCUCGUCGAGUGGAAAAAUGAAUAGCAAAAGAAAGAAUCGUUCAAAUACAAACAGAUCACCACGUGCACGUGGUCCUCAAGAAAGAUGUGUUGCUGCCGAAGGUGUAUAUAACAAUGCCCAUUUCAUGCAUGCAAUAACCAGUCAUGUUGGCAAUAUUGUACAGAUUCAAACAUUAAACGGUUCAAUAUACGAAGGUAUUUUUCGCACCUUCUCGAGUCAAUUUGAUGUUGUCUUAGAAAUGGCACAUCGCGUGGAAGGUUCUGGAAAAAUUAGUGUAGAAAGUGUAGUAGAAAAAUUAAUUUUUAAACCACAAGAUAUUAUUACUAUGUCUGCCAAGGAUGUUGAUUUAGAUUAUGCUAUACGUGAUACAUUUAGGACAGACACUAUUAUUAGUAAAUAUAAUGGUUUAAUUGGUGAAAAAGAAUUGGAACCAUGGGAUGCUCCUCCUGCUACUAUGAAUGGAGACGAUUUAAAAUUGGAUGGAACGACAAAUGGAUGGGAUGCCAAUGACAUGUUCCGCAAAAAUGAACAAAAAUAUGGUGUUCAAACAACAUAUGAACCAACUUUGGCCGCUUACACAUUACCACUUCAAAGAAAAGAUACAAAAGAUUACAAAGAACAAGAACAAAAAGCUGCAGAAAUUGCAAAUGAAAUAGAAUCACAACCAAAUUAUAAAGCAAGAUUAGAGCUGGAAAAUGGUGAUGAAGAGGAAAGAUUUGCAGCCGUGGUAAGACCUACCGAAGGUAAAUAUAUUCCACCUCCACUAAAGAAGAAAAAUGGAAAUAAUGCAAAGCUGAUGAGAUCUAGUGACCCACCGGCUUCACCAGGGCCUGCAACAGCUAAUAAAAAUGUCUUUAAUCAACAAUCUCCGUCCAAUGUAAAUGUGAACAUUCCGCCAAAUUCGAAUCUUCCUAUUGGAAUGCAAAGUGCUCAUCCUUCAGUACAACAUCCGGUAUCAUUAAAUAUAGGAAUGCCACCUACUGGAGUAGUGGUUACAUAUAACAAUCCUCCACCACCAUUUGUGCCUCCACCAGCAACACAACCACCACCGCCAGUACCUGUGAUUCAACAAUCACAACCACAGUCUCAAGCAACUUCUGUACCACAAGUCAGUUUUCCACCACAACAGCAACAACAAACACCAUCAUCUAAAAUAAAUACAGAAAAACGUGAACGACCUGGCAGACAACAGGUAUAUCAAGCAGACAAAGCACCGCCAGCACCAUUCCCACAAACGAAUGUUGCUAAUUCUCACCAACAGCAACAAUCAUCACAUCAGCAGCAUGGUCAAUUACCACAGCAAAAUUCAGUUGAAGGACAACGAUGUGAGAUAGUUCCACAUAAAUCAGAUCACAGAAAGGUGCCAACACCACGUAGUAGAGAAGAACAACAUUCAGAAUUGAGGCAAUUUGCUUCAGAUUUCAAGUUAGCAGAAACUCCAGCACAAGAUACACCACCUGUUACCAGAAAGCAACAGCAGCAUCAACAUCAACAAGACACUCAUUCUUCACCUCAAAUUACUCAGACACAUCACCAAUCAUCUCAUCAACAUACAACACCGCAACAAUCACAACAGCAACCACCACCACCACAACAACAACAACCACAACAACAGCAGCAGCAACACUCAAAUCCUCCUCCACAACAGCAACAGCAACAAUCACAUCAAAAUCAAACUGUUCCAGAAGAAUCUGUAAUUACUACUAAACCACCUCCAGGUCCAUUACCUUUGCGACCUACAAGUCCUCCUCAAUCACAACAACAACAACAAAAUACUUCUACAAACACACCCACUGUAUCCCAAGCUCCGCAAGAAGCUACUGUCGAUAAAAUUACGACAGCUUUUAAAAAGUCAACAUUAAAUCCAAAUGCUAAAGAAUUCAAUCCAAAUACCAAAGCUUUUACACCGCGAUCCCCAAGUACACCGACACCAAGUAGACCACACACUCCACAAACACCUCAAUAUACUGGAACAACUAUGCCUGCGACUGUAGUAAUGCCAGCAUAUGUAAUGACCAGUCAACCACCAACUGCAUUCAGUCAACCACCGGCUCAGCCUAUGACAAGGUUCCGGAAGGGUCAGUAUCUAGUACCAGUAAUGCAUGCGCAACAUCGUGCGCAAGAUAUAGCCUCCCAAAUGCAAGUAGUAGCUGCAACUGGACAGCCUUUAAUGGCACCCGCUCCUCUACACCCACCAUUCCAGGUGCCUUAUCCUGGUCAACCAACUUAUCAACAGAUGGUACGCAUGGUUCAGGCACCACCACCACCGCCACAUAUGGCAACACCUUAUCAUCAUCAUGACUCACCAGGACCACAGGCUCCUGGUAUUCAGUACAUGGGUCCACAUACACAUCCACACCCUCAUGUUGCUCAACAACCACCAAGUCAAACUCCCUCUCCAGCUAAUCCAAAUCCACCACAUACACCAGGCACCUAUAAUCCUCCUGGUACUCCACAACCCACAUAUCCUCCACCACCUCCUCAAGGCCAAGUUAUGCCACCUGCUUCAAGUUAUCCAAUAAUGUGUCCUAUAAUUCCUCCUCAUAUACCGAUACCACCACAGCACAUGCAAUAUCUACCGCCGCAGCCACCUCCAGGAGCGCAGCAAACUAUACCAGUGAUUCUGCCGCACAAUCAGUAGCUGGAAUCAGAAAUGGAUGAAGAAAGAAAGAACUACUAGUAUUCUGCAGAGGUAGAAUAAAGUUUAUAAAUUUAAGUUACUUUCAUGAUGGCAUUAGGCACUUGAAAUGACUUUCUUGCUUGUCAUAUACAUAUAUCUGUAAGCAAUCUUCAUUUUUCUCUUUCCUCUUCUUUUUUUUCUCUCCUUUAAUAAUAGCAAGAUCAUUCCAGACAAAAUAGUAUGUGUUUUAUUUAAUUCAGAUAAUAAUUGGCAAUUUUUAUAAAAGAAAAAAAUUUAUAAAAUCGUAGUAAUGUGAAAUAAAGUGCUGAUCAUCUUGAAAGUGACUUUAAAAUGGGUUAGUUAAUUCCAGAAGAUCCAUGAUAAUAUUUAGUCCCUCAACUUGUAUUUAAAUUUUAAUUCUGCGAGACAGAUGCAAUACUGCUAUGUUAUUAAUUUACAUACUGCUACAGGACAGACACAAAUAUGAUAUUUAAGAUUAAUUUAUAGAAAUAUGUGAAACGUAAAAAGAAAAUUGGCAAACGUAAUUGCAUUAUAGGUGGUGCCUAUAUAUAUAUAAAUAUAUAUAU